UAGUGGGCCAGAUAAACUGGCGCUAGCUGUCCCUAAACAAUAAAGCCAAUCUUAGGUCAGCAUGAGCUUGUACCCACUGUGGGAACAACAAGGCUUCGGAAGCCCAGGCUGCCCCUUCUUAAUGGAGAUAACAAUACCUGCAAUGCCGUAGAGCCAGGUCAAAGGAGAACAGAGAGAAGAGAUGCAAAUGAGCUAAAGAUUUACAAGCUUACACAAAAAUAUUCCCUAACAUGUACAACAAUUUCUUUUAUCUAUCAAAUUAAGGUCUUAUCAUCAAAAUGUACAUUUUGGCACAAGUUAAGUCAAAAACACAUGGCUGUUUGAACAAUGGAAUUACUGAAUACUUUGUCAGUGGAGUUUGUAGUGUUUUUUUGUGGAAAACAUUAUGACACAAAUUGUUUUCUUACUAAAAUGUCAUGCCUGUGUCUUUUUUUUGGAUUCAAGAUCAUUCCCCAUGAAUGAGCAUACUUUUGCAAUGUAUUGUGUGUGUAUACACAUUAACAUAUUUUAAAAAAAAGCACUAAACAAAUAUCAUUGUGAAAAACAAAAACCUUAACUCAAGGUGUAGUUGCUUGCUUUUCAGGUUUAUACUGCAAUAGUAAACAUGUUGGUUGGUCCUAAAAUACUUAGAUGGAAUAACACUUGACUGCAAACUUGCUUAAUGUAACCUAUCAUUCGUAUUAUUUUCAGUUUUUAAAAAGUUUUUUUUGUCAUUGUAAAGUAUUAGGUCACAAAAAAGACAUUAAGUAUACUAAAGGUUUUGGCUUAUAUGUGUAUUCAUUCCUAUUUAUGUCAUCAAACCCUAAAUGUUUCCAGCUUAAGAAAAAAAAAGUUGUGGAUGAAUACAUGUGAUUCAUUCUGUCUCAGAUACACACAUGGGUAUUUCAUGUCUAUAAGAUAAUGGCAUUUCCAUAUCUGGGUAGUCUCUGUCUCACUCUGUGGUAUUUCAAACAGGAAACAAAGCGGCAAUUGCCAGCACUGAACUUUUGAACAUGAUCCUGCUCAAACUGCUCAUAUUCACUUUAACUUUUUAUGAACUGAUUUAUGAUUUGGAUGCCCAGAAGUGCCCUUCAGGUCAGCGAAUAAAUGUUCGGGUUCGUUCCAGAGAGAGUUUUUGUGAACCCUGCCCGGAUGGCUAUUUUCAACCUGUUGAGAAUCAUUCCCAAUACUGCAAAGCUUGUACACAUUGUGAUCACAUGAAGGGAAGUGUUCUUAAAGUGAAGUGCACAAAAGAGACAGACACUGAAUGUCAGUGCCGUGGGGGAUUUGUUCGCCAUGAUUCUUCCACGUGCCGAUGUAAAAUGGGAUUUGAACUAAAACAUGGAGAAUGUUCAGAGUGUGAAGAUGGAUUUUUCAGCUCACACAUCGGCUCACAAUGUCAGAAAUGGAAAGAAUGUAAAUCAGGAGUGAAAUUGCCUGGAAACAAGACGUCAGAUGUCCUAUGUAAUAUGGACAGUUACAUCACUGCAGCCACCACAUCAAACACAGUUUCUGUACUCACAAGAAUAACAUCCCACCAUUCACAUGAGGCGGACAAAGCUAAAAAAUCACAUCCUGCCACUAACACCAACAUCACCACCGCUACCAGCAUCAUCACCACCAGCACCAAAGCUGUUGACGGACCACCAAGGAUAAUCCAUCCCUCAGAUUCAAUAUCCUAUUUUGGUGCAGGUAUGGUCCUUCUCAUAUUUGGAAUUGUUGGAUUGCUUGUGCUGACUGCUGCGACCUGCAAGCUGCACGUUAAUCUUCAACCUGCAGUACCAAAAAAUGAAUCAUUGUGUCGGAGCCCAGUUGAAGAAAGCGGAGAUGACAGUCUGUCUUCUCUCAAACCGAAUCAAGAACACCUGUCCUGAGGACUCAAAUGAAUCCGCAUACUAUGACUGUGAACUUUUAAGGUCAGAUUGUAGUGAAUGUAAUAUACAUAAUUCACCUCCUUCUUAAGUGUGGUUCUACACACUGUUGUUUCAUGCCUGUAAGUAUGACCGUUGGUUUAUGCUUGAAAGUACGACUGUAAAAAGGGAUCGUGGUCUUACAGAAGGUCUUGUUGCAAGCUGACCACUCACAUUUGAUCUAUUAUUGCUAGAAAUACAUCAGAAGAACUAUUACUGUAUCUUUAUUUUGUAGCAGGUGUGUUCACAAUCUGAAGUAUGGGAUCUGACUUUUCUUAGUUAGAUUUUUUAAUUUGUGUGAAAGAUUUGUAUAAAUCCAUACAGUGUUGAUCAUCUAUACCUCAAUCUUUUGUCAUUUGUCAAUUUAAAAAUAAAUAAUAACAGGUAGCCUUUACUUGGAUAAAUACCUCACGUAAUACGUUAUAGUAUUUUGUAUUUUCGACCUCUUUUUGUUUUUCAUUCUAAAAUGUAUGUUUUAAUGAUUUGAUUUGAUUUCAUUGUGAUACAUAUGCAAUGUUUUUUAAAUAUCGAUACUAUUGGACCAUAGGAAAACAUUUUUGUCAUGCUUUAUUAGUCAGAUCUGUUCCACCGGUGGCUGAGAACUUUCAAAAACGUGCUUUUGGUCGUGUGGGGGUUGGGGGAAUGCACCUCUUUCCCACUAAGAGAUACUGUACUUCCUGUCAUGUUUUUGUUUCUGCCGUUGGAAACACUGAUGUAAAUGUGAAGGCUUUCAUGUUUUCUAUACCUCACUGCAGACUUUCCCCAGAUCUGUGCAGUAAGAGGAGUAAUGAAAACAUAUUCUCAUUGUUUCUAUUCACUGAUGCGAAAUCAGUUAAACUACUUUGCUGUCUGUAUGACUAGAAGCAGACUAGAGACAACCGCGCCCUCUGGUGGAAUACCUCAGGAAAAAUAAACAGUAAACUCAAUGGUGGUCUGAGUUUUUCAGAUCCUUUACUUAAGUACAGGUAUCAGUACAACAAAGGGAAAAUACUCAUGCACCUAAACUUUAACCUAAUUUGUUCCUAUGGUUGUCAAAUUAGGGAUUUGGCCCCUUCCUAAUGGUCACCAGAUUGACUUUAGGGGUCGUUAGGUUAGAAUAGUUUGUUGUUCACUGUUUAAACAACAAACAAGUUGCUAUCUGGCUCUUAUUGUAAAUCAAUUUUUAUUGUUAAAUAUUUUGUCUUAAAAUUUUGUCCACUGUCUUGUACACUGAGGUGCCCUGAAAGUGUGCGAAUAAAGAGUAUUUUUACAACUAAACUA